AUGCUGACGAUUUUUACAGUAGGUGGAAAUCUAAUGGUUUCCAUUGCUUAUUUUAAACAACAUCACUCACCUACAAAUUUUUUGAUUGCCUCCUUGGCAUGUGCUGAUUUUGGCUUGGAUAUGACUGUGCUACCCUUUAGCACUGUAAGAUAUGUUGAAACCUGUUGGUAUUUUGGGGAAAUAUUCUGUAGAUUUCACUGUUGUUUAGAUGUAUCUUUCAGCCUAGCAUCAGUAUUUCACUUGUGUUUCAUCUCAGUUGAUCGAUAUGUUGCUGUCAAUUAUCCUUUAAUUUAUGCAGUUAUCUUCACAGUGCCUGUUUCAGGCAUAUUCAUAGCUGUUGCCUGGACAUUUUCUUUAAUGUACAGUUUUUCUGUAGUGUACACUGGGGCUCAUGACGAAGGGCUACAGGAAUUAGUGAGCACUCUGUCCUGUGAGGGGAGUUGUCAGAUUUUUUUCAAUAAAACAUGGGUGGUUGUAUCCUCUCUUCUUUAUUUCAUAACUUUCUCUGCAAUGAUAGCGCUUUACAGCAAGAUCUUUGCUGUGGCUAAACGACAAGCUAGAAUGAUAGAGAUUAUGAGCAACAACAUCCAAUCAUCUAAUAAUUACAGUGACAGAGUUGGCAGAAGAGAGAGGAAAGCUGCUAAAACCCUGGGUAUACCUGUGAUCGCUUUUUUGGUAUUCUGGUCACCUUAUUUGAUAACUGUAAUAAUUGAUAUUUUCCUCAACUUUAUAACUCCACACCUUGGCUUUGACAUUGUAGCUUGGUUUGCUUAUUCCUUUGAUUUACUCUCUCUUUUAUCCUUGGUUUCGAAAAGCAAUGUAAGUGAUUGUGAGCUGUAA